GUCAUCGCACUAGCUCUCGCAGGCCAGAGCCCAUUUUGAGGAGAGUUACUAGGUAGAGCGAGGCGCUCGGCCGGGAGAGGGAGAGGAAAAGAGAUCAGAGGAGAUCGAACCAUGGCGGCGGGCUGCAAGGGUGGUCUCGGCGGGGAGGGGAGCGCCGCGGCGGCGGCGCCGCACGUCCUCGCGGUGGACGACAGCUCGGUCGACCGCGCCGUCAUCGCCAGCAUCCUCAGGAGCUCGCAGUUCCGCGUGACGGCCGUGGACAGCGGGAAGAGGGCGCUGGAGCUGCUGGGAUCGGAGCCCAACGUGAGCAUGAUCAUCACUGACUACUGGAUGCCGGAGAUGACCGGGUACGAGCUCCUCAAGAAGGUCAAGGAGUCGUCCAGGCUGAAGGAGAUCCCCGUGGUGAUCAUGUCCUCAGAGAACGUGCCAACCAGGAUCAGCAGGUGCCUGGAGGAAGGCGCCGAGGAUUUCCUGCUGAAGCCCGUCCGCCCGGCCGACGUGUCGCGCCUGUGCCGCCGCGUCCUCCGGUGAGCGCGGCGACGGCGGCACGGCGUCUUUUGGAGGCAUGCGGUGGUGGUGGUGGUAGCGGCAGCGUUCCAAGUAGUUCCGUAUGCGCUCAUGCAGCAUGGGGCUCGCCCAAGUUGGCCUGGUGCCGGUUGUGCAUUUUGCUCCCUUCUCUCGUUUCUCUUAGUCUUUGUCGUCCUAAUGUGCUAGAAGAACUUGUAGAAGUUGUGGCAACGCACCAUGUUCAGUGAUGUUCUGUAACCCUGAAUGUUCAGUUAAUCGGUAGAAUGAAGAUGUCAUGUGUUUCCCUUUCA